AUGGAAAAUGCGUUCAUUAAAUCUGCUGAAGAUGUCUUGAAGUACUUCUCUGUCUCUGAAUCACAGGGCCUAACGGAGAAUCAAGUCAAGCAAUACCGAGAGAAGUAUGGAAGUAAUGCAAUCGCUGAGGAACCACCCACACCAAUAUGGGAGCUGAUACUCGAGCAAUUCAAAGACCAAUUGGUUAUCAUUCUACUAGCAUCAGCAGCAUUAUCAUUUGUUCUGGCUCUUUUCGAAGAUGAAGGUGGCUGGACGGUUUUUGUUGACCCGAUAGUUAUUUUGACUAUCCUUAUCCUCAAUGCUGUCGUUGGUGUAUCACAGGAAAGUCGAGCUGAAAAGGCGAUAGCUGCCCUCCAGGAGUACUCAGCGAAUGAGGCAAAGGUUGUUCGAAGCGGAAAAGUUGCACGAGUCAAGGCCGAAGAGUUAGUUCCCGGGGAUAUAAUCUCAAUUUCAGUAGGGGAUCGAAUUCCUGCCGAUUGUCGACUUCUUAGUGUUCAAAGCAACAGCUUCUCAGUAGACCAAGCCAUUCUCACUGGCGAGAGUGAAAGCGUUGGUAAGGAGACCAUUGCAGUCCCUGACCCGCAGGCGGUGAAACAAGAUCAGAUAAACAUCUUAUUUUCUGGAACGACUGUCGUUACUGGGCAUGGAUAUGCGGUAGUUGUUCUAACCGGCUCUUCUACUGCCAUAGGAGAUAUUCACGAAAGUAUUUCUGCUCAGAUUUCAUCGCCGACUCCUCUGAAGAAGAAACUAAACGACUUCGGAGAUGUACUAGCCAAGGUCAUCUCAAUCAUCUGUAUCGUUGUCUGGCUUAUCAAUAUUCCUCACUUCAACGAUCCGUCUCAUGGAAGCUGGAUAAAGGGGGCUGUGUACUACUUAAAGAUAGCAGUCUCCCUAGGAGUAGCCGCAAUUCCAGAGGGCCUAGCUGUCGUGAUUACGACAUGUCUUGCACUUGGAACCCGUAAAAUGGCGGCUAAAAAUGCCGUUGUGCGCAGUCUACCAUCUGUCGAAACACUCGGAAGCUGUAGCAUUAUAUGUUCGGACAAAACUGGGACUUUAACCACAAAUCAAAUGAGUGUAAAUAAGGUAAUAUACCUGAAUGAAAAUGGCACUAGCUUAGAACAACUUGAUGUUGAUGGAACGACCUUCUCCCCUAACGGGAACAUCACACAAAAAAAUUCUACAUUAACAGAUAUAGCUUCAAAGCUGAAAAUUGUUCAUCAAAUAGCUGAAGUAGCUGCUAUCUGCAACGAUACUAAGCUAGCAUACGAUUCAAAGACUGGAACCUUCUCCAGUGUCGGCGAGCCGACCGAGGGAGCUCUCCGGGCUCUAGUAGAAAAGAUAGGUACUCCAGAUACUUCCUACAAUCAGAAACGCAGCGGCCUUUCUACUCAAGAAACCCUUCAUUAUACUAGCAUGUGGUACGAAAAAGAGUUACCCCGCGCUGCGACAUUUGAAUUUUCACGGGAUCGAAAAAGUAUGUCAGUACUAACUGGAGAUGAACAUAACCAACGAUUACUUGUCAAGGGAGCUCCAGAGAGUAUUAUUGACCGCUGCACUUCAACUGUUGUUGGAACUAACGGGAAAAUCGUACCAAUGUCAAAAUCUCUCAAUGAAAUUUUGUUAAAAGAGGUUAUAGACUGCGGCAAUCGAGGAUUACGUGUAAUUGCACUCGCAAGCGUCCAAGAUAUCAAAGAAAGGGCCCUCCUCAAAACCGCUAAAACUACCAAAGAAUAUGCUAGGCUCGAGCAGAAUAUGACCUUGAUAGGUCUUGUUGCGAUGUUAGACCCACCUCGCCCGGAGGUCGCUAAAUCGAUAGAGAAGUGUAAAUUAGCGGGAAUACGGGUGAUCGUCAUUACUGGGGAUAACCGUAACACUGCCGAAGCUAUCUGCCGCCAGAUUGGUGUUUUUGGAAUGACGGAAGAUUUACAUGGUAAAAGCUUAACAGGCAGGGAGUUUGACAAUCUCAGUGAGCCCGAGAAAAUUGAAGCAGCCAAAAAUGCAUCCCUAUUUUCAAGGGUCGAACCAAGUCACAAGUCAAAGCUUGUAGAUUUACUCCAGUCCGCUGGAGAGGUUGUAGCUAUGACAGGUGACGGAGUUAAUGAUGCACCAGCACUCAAAAAAGCAGAUAUUGGUGUCGCCAUGGGCUCAGGCACAGAUGUAUCCAAGCUAGCUGCCGAUAUGGUACUUGCAGAUGACAACUUUGCGACAAUUGAGGUGGCUAUCGAGGAAGGUCGUUCGAUUUACAACAAUACUCAACAAUUCAUUCGCUACCUUAUUUCAUCCAAUAUUGGUGAAGUUGUUUCUAUAUUUCUAACAGCCGCUAUUGGAAUGCCAGAGGCACUAAUACCUGUCCAACUUCUGUGGGUCAACCUAGUCACGGACGGCCUUCCAGCGACAGCCCUUUCAUUUAACCCACCUGACCACAACAUCAUGAAGCAACCUCCACGGAAGAGAGACGAGCGACUGAUCGGAGGAUGGUUAUUUUUUAGGUACAUGGUUAUUGGCACCUACGUUGGUAUUGCCACUGUCGCUGGAUACGUCUGGUGGUUUCUCUACUAUAGUGGAGGCCCUAAGAUUACUUUCUGGCACUUAACGCACUUCCAUCGUUGUUCUUCACAGUUUCCAGAGAUAGGGUGUCAGAUGUUUUCCAACGAUAUGGCAAAAUCUGCGUCAACCGUGUCUCUAUCAAUUCUAGUUGUCGUUGAGAUGUUCAACGCUAUAAACGCCCUUUCCUCAAGCGAAUCUCUCCUAACCCUUCCAGUAUGGAGUAACAUGAUGUUAGUAUAUGCCAUUGCUUUAUCAAUGACGCUUCACUUCGCUCUGCUAUACACGCCUAUCUUACAGACACUAUUUUCCAUUGUGGCCCUUAAUUGGUGUGAGUGGAAGGCGGUCAUUAUUAUAAGCGCGCCUGUUAUAUUAAUUGAUGAGGGACUGAAAUUUGUGGAGCGAAAGAUGAUUCUCAAGAAAGCUGAAGACCCUAGUCUUCAUACUAAACUGGAUUAG